AUGUCGAUGAUUUCUCCGUCUUUAAAGCUGGAUCCAGAGGAAAUCUUCACCAAACACGAGCGCAUUGGGCGCGGAUCGUUCGGUGAAGUCUAUAAAGGCAUCGAUCGACGAACAUCUCAGGUAGUUGCCAUCAAGAUCAUCGAUCUGGAACAGGCUGAAGAUGAAAUAGAAGACAUCCAGCAAGAAAUCCAAGUGCUCAGUCAAUGCGAUUCGCCAUAUGUGACAAAGUAUUACGGAAGCUACCUGAAGGGAUCGAAACUAUGGAUAAUCAUGGAAUAUCUGGGUGGUGGCUCUGCCUUGGAUCUUACGAAAAGUGGUCGAUUGGAUGAGAAUCACAUUGCUGUUAUUCUUCGGGAGAUACUGAAAGGCCUAGACUAUCUUCACAGCGAACGAAAGAUACAUCGUGAUAUCAAAGGCGCUAAUGUUUUAUUGGAUGAUGCUACCGGUGAUGUGAAAUUGGGUGAUUUUGGUGUUGCACGUUCUCUGUCGAGUGUAACCGGUCUGAAAGCAAACACUUUUGUCGGUACACCAUUCUUUAUGGCACCGGAAGUUAUUCAGAAUGGUCGUUACGAUGCGAAGUGGGUUACAUGGAACGCAAUUAAUCAUGUUAUUAUGCCUACAUAUACCGCCAAUGUGUUGGUCAGCGAACAAGGAGAUGUGAAAGUGGCAGACUUCGGUGUUGCCGGGCAGCUGACGGAGACGGUUAAGAAGCGGAUCACUUUUGUUGGAUCUCCGUUCUGGAUGGCACCUGAGCUGAUCAAGCAAGCUAGUUAUGAUUACAAGGCUGAUAUAUGGUCACUUGGAAUCACUGCUAUUGAGUUGGCUCAAGGUGAGCCGCCUCAUUCGGACUUGCAUCCGAUGCGUGUACUAUUUCUGAUCCCCAAAAACCCACCGCCACAACUAACUGGGCCACAGUGGUCGCGCACGUUCAAGGAUUUCGUAGAGCUCUGUCUGAACAAAGAUCCUGAUAAUCGCCCGUCGGCAAGCAGUUUACUGAAACAUCCCUUCAUUAAGAAAGCGAAAAAGAAUGGCAUACUGGUUGAGCUUAUCGAACGAGCUCGAGAAUAUCGGUCCAGAACUGGUGUUUCUUCGGACAGCGAUCUGGACGAAGAUUCGGAUGGCGGCGGAGGCUCAAAUAGUUGGGAUUAUCCGACAGUGCGGGGCGCCACGAACGAUCGAACUGAAGUUAGACGUGAUGAUCGAGAUGAGACGGUGAGGCAACGCGACCGACCAGUUCGUCCCGGCAUAGGCAUGGAACGGACGCAGGUCUCGGUGAACAACGAUGAUGAUCACAGUCCAGGUGGCACAAUUGUCAGGUCAAAUGCAACGGUGUUAGCUGUGGCGGAUCAACUGAGAGCUAGUUCUUUAAAUUCGUCCACAAACGGCGCUAACGGUGGAAGCGCCAGUCGAGUACCAGCCACAUAUGCGCCCACAACGAUCACGGUUGCUAGUCCCCCAUCAAGUCCGAACUUCUCCCAUCGGCCGGCACAACACACUCAUUCCCCUUCAUCCUCAUCUUCACGCGCCCAGGAUCGGCCGCGGGCACCAUCGACGAAUACACGAAACCAUCACGCAUCCUCAUUCCCUAUGGAGAAUGGUGGACGUGAAUAUGGUGGAAGUGGAGGCAGGAGUAAUCGGCUUGAGACUGAGCGUGACCGUCAAACGGGCUCAGGAGGUCGAAAUGGCUUUCCAAGUUCCGUUCAUGUCCCUGCACAUCAUGAAAGAGCCCCUUCACCUCGCCGAAGAAUGCCAGGUGCUCUAGAGUACAGCCUGUUGCCAGCCUUGGAAGGUAUGUCGCGUACACGUCAUGCCACCGCUGAACUUGACGCACUUGCUAACGCGUUCCGGCAUGCGGAGGAGGUUUGUCCGGGUAUAUGUAAUGAACUAGUCGAAGAGAUUCUGACGCGACUGUCGCAUCCUCAAGUGAACCAGAGUGAUUUAAGAAGGGCGGUGCAAAGACUGACGACGUGA